CCCUCAACAGCACUCUCCUUUCUGGAUCACUUCCCAAACCUCACGCAUGGUUCGGCUUCGGCACCCUUGACUUUUAGUCUUUUCCUACUCCACAAUCCACACACGCUUCCCCGCCUGGCCCCAUUCCUUGCCUCCCAAUCACCCAUCUCCACCGUUCCUUCUUUGGGGUUGGAAUUAUAGGCCGUCAUACUUCCUCCAUUGCCCCCGCAUUUCUGGUAAUCUAAAUUAUGUCCACAACACUUUCUUUUGUCCUUUUUUUUUUUUUUUCUUUUCUAUCUUUUUCUUUUUUUUUUUAUCCAAGAAAAGUAGUCCUCACCGCAUAAAGUGGUCCUAGUGAUCCAUCACUAAGAGCCUUCAAGUGGGCAUUGCCGUUAAAAAGUUUCACUGUAACUGGUUUCUGGGCUGCUGUUUGGGUUUUGGGAAUUUGAGCCAAUUAGGAAAAGAAAGUUCAUUGUGAGUGAUUUCUGGGCUAUUUGGGUGUUGGGAAAGUUGCAGCAAUUAUGGGUGAAGUCGAAGAGAAGACGAUUCAAGAUGAACUGACUAUUACGAUUCAACUCGCCGACCGAGUCAUCAAAUCGGCGGAGGAGGCGGAGUCGUCCAAAGCGGAGUGCUCCGAGAUUGCGCGUCAAGUGGAGAGGCUGUCCAAGAUGCUGCGGUCUGCGGCGCGCCUCGCCACCUCCACGCAGUGGCUGUACGAGCGGCCAGUGCGCCGUAUCGCCGCCGACGUGACGAAGAACCUGGACAGAGCGCUGACGCUGGUGCGGAAGUGCAAGCACAGCGGCGUUCUCCGCCAGGUGUUCUCGAUAACCACCGCUGCUGAUUUCCGGAAGGUAUUGGCGCUUCUGGAGUCUUCGAUCGGCGACUUGAAGUGGCUUGUGACCAUCGUCGACCCGGAUGACAUCAACCUCACUCUCCCUCCCAUAGCCAACAACGACCCCACUCUCGCCUGGGUCUGGUCCUAUAUAGCUACCAUUCAAAUGGGUCAGCUUCGGGACCGCGUUGAAGCCGCAAACGCCCUAGUUCUUUUGGCUCACAAGAACGACCGCACCAAGAAGAUUGUGGUGGACGAAGGUGGGAUCGUGCCGUUGCUCAAGCUCCUGAAAGAAGGCGCUUCCGCCGACGCCCAAAUUGCCGCAGCUAAUGCUCUUUUCCACAUCGGCAACGAUGAAGAAAGAGUACGAUCGAUAGCGGACGCGGCCGGAGUUCCAAUUAUUGUUCAGGUUCUUGGGGAAUCGGUGAUGAGGGUUCAGGUUAGUGUGGCUAAUUUGGUGGCGAGAAUGGCGGAAAUGGACUCUGCUGUGCGUGAGGCCUUCGCGAGAGAGAACGUGACAAGGCCAUUGGUGUCGCUGCUGUCUGUGGAUACGGUUUUGGUUCUGGAUGAUCCUAAGCUCAAACCGAGUAAGCCUAGUAUUUCAUCUCUUGUUCAAUUUAAUAAGGAGUUAGCGGGAAAGUCUGCGGGCCAUAACAGUUACAACCCUAGCUUGAAUUCUGUAUCUUCAUUCACUUCUUCUGGUGGGCAUUCGUCUUUGUCUGUUCAUUCCUCUUCAGAAGGUAGUAGUAGGGGUGGGCAUUAUAGAAAGGACAGGGAGGUUGAGACGCCUGAGUUGAAAUUGAAGCUCAAGGUUAGUUGUGCAGAGGCUCUGUGGAAACUGUCCAAAGAUAGUGUGUUAAACAGUAGGAAGAUCACUGAGACUAAGGGGUUGAUUUGUUUGGCAAAGAUCAUUGAGAAGGAGAAAGGGGUGUUGCAGUAUAAUUGCUUGAUGGCUGUAAUGGAGAUAGCUAUGGUGGCAGAGCAAGAUGCUGACCUUCGACGGGCAGCUUUCAAGACUAGUUCUCCUGCUGCCAAAGCAGUCCUGGAUCAACUUUUAAGAGUGAUUCAAGAAGAGAGCAGCUCAACAAUGAAAAUUCCUGCUAUAAAAUCAAUUGGGUCCUUGGCACGAACUUUUCCUGCAAGGGAAACCCGAAUAAUUGGCCCCUUGGUGGCACAGCUUAGCAAUAGUGAUAAUGAGGUAGCUAUAGAAGCUACUAUCGCCCUGGGCAAAUUUGUUCAUCCAGAUAAUUUCAAUCGUGUUGAGCAUGCAAAGGCAAUUAUCGAGUUUGAUGGGGUUCCCCCCCUUUUGAGAUUGUUGAGGACCAGUGAACGGGCUAACAUUUAUGGACUUAUAUUACUAUCUUAUCUUGCAUUGCAUGUUGGCAACAGCAAAGCGCUUGAACAAACUCAGGCCUUGAGCGUUCUUGACUUGGCAAUUCGUUCUGGAGUGCCUCAAGAUUAUAAAGAGUUGUUUGCCAGAGCUAUACAUAACCUUAAUCUUUAUCAAGCUGGAGUUCAUACCCACAGACCAUAUCCUCCAUAGAAGUGAGUUGAGAUGAGCAUGUUCAGGAUUGUAAAUCCACGGAACAGAUAGGUGGAUUGUGGACAGUAGAAAACCAUGGGUCAAUUAUAUGAGCUAUGGUUGUUCACAAUAUCCAUUUACUGAUCCAAAAAAAAAAAAACAAAAAAGGUUGUUCACAAUAUCAAUAGACCAUCCAAGCAAUUCUGUUGAUCGACCAUCUUUUAUGUAUGUUUUGAAAUGUACUAUUGGUUGCACAUAAUGCAAUGGGUUAUCCCAAUAGUAAUGUUGAAGAAUGUUCUGAGUUCUUGCC